AUGGAGUCAAUAGACUACGAAGCUUAUGAAGAUGACUACUUCGCCAACUGCACUUCGGCUGACCAGAACUGCACCACAGACUUAUCAGAGCCACUGGGAACCAACUCCUUAAUAAUUAAAAUUGUUGUCAAGAGCCUUUUGGUGGUACUAGCACUAAUUGGCAGCAUCUGUACCAUCAGCCUUCUGGCAAACACGACCACAAAGUACGUCCUCAGCAGGUACGUCGUAACCCGUACUCUCGCAGCCCUACUGUCGUUGCUGACGCUGUCUUUCGACCUGGUGACCGACUACAACGGAUCGUGGAUCUUUGGCUACGUCUUGUGCCUGGGUAAAAACGGUCUAUCGACUAUAGCAUUCCCCGUGUAUUCUGGCAUGCAAGUCGGUAUGUGCAUCAACACCUACCUCGAAGAAUCCAAGUCAACGCCCAAUUCAAAGCUGAGGUCGACAGCUUUCAAGAUCACCAGCUUCAUUUCAUGGUCCUUCGCCCUGGCUAUCGGUUUCUUCAUCUUCAAGAGUUCAGAAGUUCUAGGGAUGCAGCCCUCUUUGGCCUGUGUUUUCGGCGUUGGUCAAUACUUCUUUAUUCUACAUGACAUCUUGACAAUGAUCAUGCCAAUUAUAGUCAGCUGGGUCUUGCUGGGACUAGCUGUGUGCCACAAGAGAACGCAGCCAGCCGCAAUUAGCCUAGAAGAGCCAGCUAGCGUCUCCUCGAUUCUGCAAAAGCGCUCCAAACAGCUGUCCUUUGCCAUAACAACAUCCUUCACUAUUUUCAGCUUGGUUAUUGCUGUGCCUAUCCUUAUGUUAAACUUUGGUGUGGAGGAGCACAUUUACGAUUACGUAAUUAAACUGUUUUCCAUAAUACAUUAUCUGGUCCCUGUGCAUUUCAUCAUUGAUUUGGCCCUGUAUCCAAUCUUCUUGCGAGAUGCUUACAAGCAUCUGAAGAAGGUGGGACUGUCAGUGGAUGAUCCCCUUGUGGUACCUCUCAGGGAUGUAUGA